ACUUGCUACUUUGCCCUCUUUUGUUUCCCUCCAACUCCUCUGACUAUCUGACAAACCUAAAAAAAGAAGCUUAAAAGGAUCCUUCAUAGAUCACAGGGACUAUUGCUCUGACCUCUUCACAGAUGCAUUAAACCUCAGGAGCAAUGGCAGGCGCAGGAGAGCGCAAAGGCAAGAAGGAUGACAACGGCAUCGGAACGGCCAUUGACUUUGUGCUGUCCAAUGCUCGGCUCGUGCUGGGUGUGGGAGGUGCUGCCAUGCUGGGGAUUGCCACUUUGGCUGUCAAACGGAUGUAUGACCGGGCAAUCAGUGCCCCCACCAGUCCUACCCGCUUGAGCCAGUCAGGAAAGAGAAGCUGGGAAGAGCCAAGCUGGCUUGGUUCAUCAUCACGGUUGUUGAACCCAGAUAUGAAGACUAAUCUUAGCCGUUCUCUGCAGACUCUUCCCACUGACUCUUCGAGUUUUGAAACAGACUCAGUCAAAUCCGUAAGGCAUAAAUCAUCUAUGAAGAAAAGCCAGGUGGAGCUCAAAAAGUCGCGCCUCCGAAUGUCCUUGCAAGAGAAGCUCUUUGCCUACUACCGAAGGAAGGUGGCCAUCCCAGCCGAAGAGCAAGCUCGGGCCAAGCAGGCUGCCGUGGAUAUCUGCGCUGAGCUGCGUGGCUUUCUCCGUGCCAAGCUGCCAGACAUGCCACUGCGAGAAAUGUACCUGAGUGGGAGCCUCUGUGAUGACCUGCAGGUUGUGACAGCUGAUCACAUCCAGCUCAUUGUUCCUCUGGUGCUGGAGCAGAACCUGUGGUCAUGCAUUCCAGGUGAAGACACCAUCAUGAACAUCCCUGGCUUCUGCCUGGUACGUCGGGAAAACCCCGAAUACUUCCCUCGAGGCAGCAGCUACUGGGACCGCUGCGUAGUGGGGGGUUACCUCUCACCCAGGGCUGUGGCCGAUACCUUUGAGAAAGUAGUGGCUGGCUCUAUCAACUGGCCAGCUAUUGGAACCCUUCUAGAUUAUGUGAUCCGUCCAGCAGCGCCCCUGGAAUCUCUAACACUAGAGGUCCAGUAUGAAACAGACCGGCACCUCCUAAUAGACUUCUUGCCCUCCGUGACACUAGGGGACUCUGUGCUGGUGGCCAAACCACACCGACUGGCCCAGUAUGACAACCUAUGGCGACUCAGCCUCCGGCCAGCGGAGACAGCUCGCCUACGAGCCUUAGACCAGGCGGACUCUGGCUGCCGUUCCUUGUGCCUCAAGAUCCUGAAGGCCAUAUGCAAGUUGAACCCUGCGCUGGGCCACCUUUCUGCCAGCCAACUCACCAAUGUCAUAUUGUACCUGACCCAGGAGGAGACUGACUGGUCACAAGAUGUGCUUGCUGACCGUUUUCUGCAGGCAUUGAGAGGACUGAUAGGCUAUUUGGAGGCGGGGGUUCUUCCCAGCGCUCUGAAUCCAAAGGUGAACUUGUUUUCGGAGCUUACUCCUGAGGAAGUGGAUGAGUUGGGCUACACCCUGUACUGUUCCCUUUCGGAACCUGAGGUCCUACUGCAGACAUAAUAGCUGCCUUAUGCGUGAGGAUGGUAUUAGAGCUACCUGUCCAUGACUGGUUCCCUCUGACACCUCCUGAGUGAUAUAUGCACACCCUGUCCCAUUCUUUAGCCAAACUCACACCCUUUUUUAUUAACUCUGGGUGGUCUAUUAGAUUUCUUGGUGCUACUGGUCCAGUUCCACUCCUCUCAUAGCAGCUGUUUGAUGGGGGAAGAAAGAACGUGGAACUGCUGCUCAAAGUUGAUUCUAAAGCCCUUGCUGGUGUUCCAACUGCCUAUCUCAACAAUGCACCCCUUCCCUCAGCCUCUACUCUUGAUCAUCUUUCUGCAGCAAAAACUGCCAUUCCCACCCUAGAAAGUGUGGAUCUGGGCCAGUAAGCCACUGGCAGUUUUAGGAAUCGCCCAAGUGAGGCAAUAUAUUUUUCCCAGGACCUUGUUCCCAUUUUAAUUGUCUGCUUUGGCAAGGCGGGGGCAUGUCCCCUUCAUUCCCAGAAGUGCAUCGCAGCCUGCAUGAGAUGUUUCAAUGGAAAUAUUUAUAGCAGGGAAUGUAUUUGUGUGAGCUCUGUGUAUUGAUUGUAUUUAUAGUGUUUCAGAAAAGAGAUGAGAUUUUGAGAGAGAGCUGGCACACUGUGUAGGGUCUUGUUCCUGCUGAGUUUAAUUGUAAUCCUGUCUUUGGAAUGCUGAGUGUCUCUGAUCCAAGAUGUGCUACUCCACCAGUCUGAUGCCCUUCCCUUCUACACAGAUCUGACUCUCAUUGGACCCAUGGUUGAAGAACUGGUAGUAGAACUCCAAGCAUGUUUAGAACAAUGUACAGGGAGUUAUUCCCCAUUUGUUGCUGCUGAGAUCAUUUGUCUGUUGUCGGUAGUAACUUCCCAAGAAAGCAGGAACUCUUAAGGAAAGGCCUUUCGCUGAUCUUCGUUGUGGCACAGUGAGAAAGUCUUGAAAGUAACGAGCCAUCUUCUCAAACAUUUCCAUCAUGAGCACAUCAGCUGAGAGCAGCUAACCAUACAAUGUGUCAAGGGCUUUACAAAGUAUACUUGAGGGCCAUACCAUGAUAUUUUGGCAAAAUGGAGGCCGACUAGCAUUGAUGUGUGCCUGCUAAAGAAUAGUUCUGUAAACCUACCACCCAUGGGCAGAUACAAGACGUAAACGGUUCUGGAGGAUAUCCAGAGAACAUCUGAGCUGAUGGCAAACAUUAAAAUUGCACUACUCAUGCAUGUUGAAGAGGGUGACAUUUUACACUUUGGUCCUACAGCUUCUAGGGAGCUAUUCACUUUCUCUUCUCACUGCCACUAAGUUAGCAACUUUCCAUACCUACCUGCUCCCUGAGAUGAUAAGAGCACUUAGGGAGUGGCCACUCAUUCCAGCUAUAUCUCCCACUCUGCAGGCAUGAAUUUGGCAUUGACUGUGAAUGUGUUUAUCUCAGGAAUACUCGGUUGUAAUACUGCUGCCACCACCCCAAAAGUAAGAAGGUGCACUCUAAAGACUAGCAAGACUUCGUUUAACCUAUCUAAUUAGUAUUGCCAAAGUUGUGUACAUGUAACGUUGCAGAUACGGCUCCCCUGUUCUCAUGUCUGAAAUACCCACCCUUGCUAUUAAAAGGCAGCACAAAAGAUGAGAUAAUUUGCAGGUGUGGGAACUUGGGAACAAGUGCCCUUCCCUGCUCUUCCUUUUUAAAAGUGGUGCUUACAUUAAUAAGUCCUGGGCAGGGCUCCACAGCCAAGGCUUUAAUUGGUAUUACCUACUCAAGAAGGGUACCCUUUGCACAGCCUGUCUCCUAAAAUCACUUUGUCCGGUAGUCAGUAUUGGUUGCAUAGCAAUGACACAGUGUUGCAGUUCUUUAAGUUUCAUCAGAUUUUCAGCUACAAACUUGGAAGGUUGUCUGUGAGUGUUUGGUAUCCAAUAGGCUGGAAAAGGACUAAGUUUCUCACUCACAACGUUGGGUUUGUUUUUCAGUGCUUUUGAAUGUAUUGCCUUUCCUUCUUGGCCCGCUUUCCAUUAGGAGCCUUCCUAACCCACCCCCAGCUGGUGUACAAGGCAGUAGACUUUUAGAUGGACAGAAACCCCGGUAUUUGAACAUGAAUAUUUUAAAGAGCUGGAUCAAACCACACUUUCACUCUUCCCACUACUUGUUUCCAAGUCACAACCUGGCAAUGUCGAUGAGAGAGAUCCUGAAAUGGUGUCUGUGAAGAUAGAAGAAAUAAUUUAAUAUAUCCUGCUUUCCUACUUGUCAGAUACAUAUCAUUUCCUAUAUACUUAUUAUUUGAGAGACACAUAAUAGAUGUUUUGAUUGUAUCCUGUUGCUACAAAGCUGAAUGUGUAUUGAAUGUAGUUCCCAACAAGAUGCUAUUUUUGUUAUUUUAAUUGCUUCAUUCUAAACUGUAUUUUUUUGAGCCAGCUAAAAAAGGAAGAAGGGUCUGAGCCUGUUUCAUAAGACAGAUGCAUAUAAUCCCACCACCAACAAAUAAGAGACCCUGCCAUUGAGGCUCAACAGCAAAUCCAAAGUCGUAAUGGGUGAAACAAACGGGACUGGGCAAUCCCUUAUUUUUGUGGAGGGUGAUGUGUCUUGUGCAGUGUUGAAUGAAACAUCCAUAGCACUAAUGCUACUCUGUGACCAGAUAAUCCAGUCUAAAGGAACUCCUAAGCUAACACCUAUCAGUAUUCACUAAAAAUGCAUGUGUGUAUGUUUGGUAGUUUAUAGCCAGGAGGGUUCAGUCUUAAGUGUCUGUGGAUUCCUUCUGCAAAAUGUCAGAACAAAGUGCAGAUACCAUUAGUGUGAAAUGCAGCUCAUGACUACUGAAGUCAUGUAGGCAGGAGAGCCCUUUGCAUCAAAUGACUGCCACCAGCCCAGAACUCCUAAUCUCUGUUGUAUCCUUGAGAAUGCUUUGGUGUGUUGCCUUAAUGUGAGAGACACACAACCCAAUAUAAUUUUUCCCUGAACUGCAGGGUGGGGACCAACUAGCUCAACUGCAGGUUCAUGUUGCCGUCAAACUCCACUCCUUUAUCUUCCGAGUCAGAUGAAAUUUGUAAUGUAAUCUGUGAUUAUGUAAAUGGGAGGCUUCUUCCAAGGUCUGGAUGCCCAUGAUAGUGAAGAUAAAAGAAUGAAAUAACUGCAGCCUCUCAAGCCGUAAUGAUGUAGUAGAGGGCUGGAAGAGGAGGGUCAUGUGCAUGGUCUGUGACAAUGUGUGGAAAUUCUGGAAUAAAAAAACUUUCCAAAA